AUGAUUGUCAUAGUGGACCUGCUGAUGAUGCUCAUGGACAUGACCUACUCCAUCCUGUGCGCCAUCAUCCAGACUUUCCUUCAUCCGAGGCUGAAGUGCAUCGAUGGGGAGCUCUGUCUGAUCACAGGAGCCGGAGGUGCGCUAGGUCGCCUGUUCGCUCUGGAGUUUGCCAAAGAGGGAGCGCACCUGGUGCUGUGGGACUGCAACACAGCCGCCAACGAGCAGACCGCCAAGCUGGCGCGGGAACUGGGUGUUAAGGUGCACACGUUCACCGUGGACCUGUCCAAGCGGCGGAGCAUUUAUGAGACGGCGGACAGGGUGAGAGCGGAGAUCGGGGAUAUCGCUAUACUGGUCAACAACGCAGGCGUAGUAGCCGGACGCAGGUUCUUGGAGUGCCCUGACGAACUUUUGGAGCGGACUCUGUUGGUGAACUGUCAUGCACUGUUUUGGAUGACAAAGGCUUUCCUCCCUCGGAUGAAAGCAAAGAACCACGGUCACAUUGUAACCAUAGCAAGUGCUCUUGGACUGUUCACCACAGCAUGCGUAGAGGAUUACUGUGCCAGUAAAUUUGGAGCCGUUGGUUUCCAUGAGUCACUGGCACAUGAGCUGCGAGCAGAAAACCACGAUGGCAUCAAAACUACUUUAGUGUGUCCUUAUAUCGUGGACACAGGGAUGUUUGCAGGUUGUGAAAUCAGACGAGAACUUCGAAGUCUAAUCCCGCCUCUGGAGCCACUUUACACGGUUCAGCAAUCCAUGAAAGCCAUUUUAGGAGAGCAGCAAAUGAUCUGUAUUCCUCGUCUCAUGUACAUCCCUUUCCUUGCAAGAGCAUUGUUACCUUGGGAGGCAAAUGUUGUGACAUAUCGCUUCAUGGGAGGUGACAAAUGCAUGCUACCUUUCAUCAAAAAUGCUGAGAUGAAGACCUCUAAUGGCCAUGUCAAGGCUUCCUAAGACUGUCUUAAAACUGUUGUUUAAUGGACUGAUGCAGGCACCAAAGGCUUGUAGAGUACAUGUCAUCUCAAGGGAGAGUCCAGUAUUUGCACUUGCUCAUUUUAUUCCCCCUCUGACUUUCCUGCAACUUGAAUAUGAAGAACAUUUCUGCAUAAAUGUCAGAAAAAGCAAAUUGAGAAAGGUCCAUAAUUGA